UCUCAUCCUUUUGUUCACUCAGCUCAUCCGAAAAAACCAGAGAGAUAGAGAGAGAUAUGGAGCUCGAUUCCAUCACCGCUAGGCGCAGACUCGCUACCGUCGCCGCUCACUUCCCCUCAGCAACCAACGAUCCCAUCUCUGCGGCGCCGUCUCUCGUCCCCUUGAAUUGUAGUAGCAGUUUGAACUCUGUCAUCAGAAGUUGUGACAAUAAAAUCGCUUUUGCUCGGCAAGCAUCUUCUGAACAAGGCUUCUUUAUGAGGCAGGCUUCCCCUGACCAGUUUAUACCUCAGUCUAGCGGCAUCACUUUGAAGAACUCUGUCAUUAGAAGAGGUGACAGCAGGCUCUAUUUUUCUCGUCAAGCUUCUUCUGCACAGGGUCUUUUCAUGAGGCAAGCUUCCACUGAUGAGAGGACCAUACCACAGGACGCUGCAUCUACCAAGACGAAUGGAUUCCCUUCUUCUACAGAACAACCUUUGGUUUCCAGACCUGAGUACGCCUCGCCACAUUUUUCCAAGCCCGCUGCAAAAGAAGACUUCUUUGUUUUGCCUGAUUUGCUAAACCAGCCAAAGGAAAACUUGGAAAAGCCAUAUAACCCUGACCUUCCUAAGUUAGCCAAUCCAGGGACUGUCUGGUCUCCGAGUUUGAAUGUUGCAGAAUAUGAGCAUAACUAUGUCGUGGCAGUAGAGCUACCAGGGGCCAGUAUCAAUGAUAUAAGAGUGGAGGUUGACAACAUAAACUUGACUGUGACAGGGAGACGCACAGCUGUCUGUCAAAAAGCUGAUGCAGGCACCAAAGGUUCAAUCUGUGGGUAUCACAAGCAAGAAAUACUACAAGGACCUUUCAAAGUUUCCUGGCCACUACCCAGCAACGUGAACAAGGAUAACGUUUCUGCUGAAUUUAUGGAUGGGCUUCUGAGAAUAGUGAUUCCAAAGCUUUGAGGGAUCAUUAUACGUAAACGGUAAACAAUAUGUGUAUAAAAUAAUGUUGUUUGUGUGGAUGAAGAGAAAGAAAAGCAAAAACUGAUGAGUGAUAUGUAAAAUAGUAUGGUGUUUAUAUAUACAGACUGCAGACAGGCAUGCUCAGUUAAUAGAGUCAGCCAUGUAAACAAUCCAUAAGUUUGUAAGAAAGAAAAAUAACGUUUUUGAUAUUAAUACAAAAAGCCAGAAAAAUGAAA